GGCACGUUCACAGCUGCCGGGGAGCAGCGUUCUCACUUGUUCUGCAUGCCACGGUGAAUAUUUGUAGUUCAUAUGGUCGAAUGAAUACGUUUACGGGGAAAAAAAAUAAAUUAUGAUGAAACCUUUCAUUUUUAAAAAGGUCACUUUAAUUCAAAUGCAAUAAAGUGCAUUUAUGCCUAAACGUAUCGAUCUGCAGUUCUCUUUUUUCCACUUCAAUUACGAUCAGCUAAAUUGCGCUAUAGAUCAAAACAUGACAUCUCUUUUCUUCCUAGUAAAGAAACGACCCCGUGUGGCUGUAUUAAACCCAGUGCUCCCAUCUGUCCAAUGAGGCUGGAGUGGCCCACGGCGCGAGGCCUUCAUCACCCUCCAAGAACGCGUCAUCGACGCGCGCUCCCAGAGACAGUACCGAGUUGCUUGGAAACGAAGUCUGCUGCAAGACAAAGUCGUAACUUAAGACGAUGCAUUCAGAUCCGUAACAGCGCUCAUGUAGCUCGUCGGCAAUGAAAGCAUGUCACUUUGGGCAUUAGGCGUAAUGCUCUGAUACUGGCUUUUUAAAAAUGCGGCAAUAUUCCAUGCACUUGGGAUGAAUUGGGAUACUUAAGUGCGGACAAUGGUCCAGUUUUAUAUACACUGUUGAACGACUAGUGUGCAGCCACCUGAAAUCGGACCCAAUAUGCCAAAUCGUCAAAAGAAAUUCAUAUUUUGCGUAGGCGGAGUACUGAGUUUUGCUUGCGUCCUAGUGGUGGCGGCUGCGAUGGGUACUCAGUUCUGGUUGAAAGGGACCGUCCUGUGCAAGACCGGCGCCCAGCUGGUCAACGCGACCGGACCCGAACUGGAGAAGUUCAUGGGGCGGAUCAGCUACGGUCUAUUCCACGGACAGCGGCUGAAGCAGUGCGGUUUGGGAGGGAGACCUCUGCGCUUUUCCUUUUUUCCAGAUCUCAUGGGUGCCAUCCCCAUCGUCCUUCACGGCAGUGUACUGUUCUUCUGCGCUGUCCUCAUAGUCUUCUCAGCGGUGGCCUCAGCGUUCUUCCUGUUCAAUGCCUUCAGCAGACCCUAUGAGACCCUGCAUGGACCCCUGGGCUUGUACCUGUGGAACUUCAUAUCUUACCCAGAAUGCCGUGGGACAGGUGUCUGCAGCAGUCUGGUGAUGACCCUUUUUGCCUCGGAGGUGAGAUUCCAUCGCUUGUCAGAGAAGAUCGCCAACUACAACGAGAGCAGCUUCGUCUAUAAGACACACAGUGAGCAGUUCGAUUACUCUUACUGGCUCAUCCUCUUCACCUUCCUCACCCACCUGCUCAACAUCCUUCUCAUCCGCCUCGCCGGAAUACAGUUCCCCUUCCAGGAAGCUAAAGAGCCCGAUGUGAGCAGUGGAGCCUCAGAUCUUAUGUACUGAGGAUGCGCUGUGACAUUCAUGCCCUGCUUUCAUAUCAUGUGACUGUGUUUGGUACUAAAAGAGCAAAUUUUUACUGUUCUUGAUCAUUACCAUUACUUAUGAAACGAAUCUGUCCUUUGUUAGAGAAAUUGAGGCGAUUUAAACCACAAACCUUAGAAUAAAACAGCCAUUAACCAUUAGGUAGCAAUUUAUGAUACUGACAUUACAAUGGCACUUUAACUGUUGAAGGAACAACAUUAGCAAAAAGCUGUGAGUGUCCUAUGGCUGCUUCCAUUUAACUGCCCAAAAAUCGGUUAACACCAGCAUUCUCAGCAUGAGAGCAGCAGCUGCACAGAAAAGCCCAAACCACUGUGACUGUUUUUUAUGGGUCGUGUCUUUCUGUUAAGUCUUCCUAAAGGCACUCCUGUUUAAACAGCAAUUAGUAGAAAAUCAGGUGGACCACUGAACUAACAGGACAAACUUCUCACAUUUUUUAUGGUCCAUUACUGUAACUGAGAGUGACAGAUGACAUUUUCAUACUGCAUGGAUGGUAGAUUUCAACAGGAUAACAGAAAUGCGUCACGGAAACUUACUAACUGAGUCUGCCGGCUUCGAAGUGUUCAUUUAAUGUGCCAAGUGUUAACUGGUGAAGAGAAUGGAACUAACCAGUUCCUUUACAUUUUCAUUAAAUAUAUUAAGUUUUAAAAGCAAUUUCAGUUGUUCAGGCCCUUUACGGAUCAAGCAGCAAAUCGGUGAGAACCACAAGGUGUAUUACAGACGAAUGGUGUAAGGUAACCAGGGGCCUGUACGACGAAGCGGGGUUACUGGCUUAUCGGGGUAACUUGUCAGAUUUAAGGUAGUCUGGGCAAAAUGUAAGUGAACGAAUAUGAAGUCCAUUUAAACUGGUACCUUAAAUCCAACAAGUUACCCCGAUAAGCCAGUAACCCCGCUUCAUAGUACAGGCCACUGGUUUGGUUACCUAUAUGUUUACCCAACAUCUGUCCUGAAGACUGCAGCUGUACUUAUACUGAUGUGCUUUCAUGAUCUGAGAGGCCCGUGACACUGUCCAGGAUCAGUGGUUGACAGAUGGAAGAAUGGAUGGUUAAAUAAAGAGGUAUCUGUGGUUUUUGUUAUGUGAUAACUAACUCAGCCUGGAAUUUCAUUAACCCAGUCAGAAAGCCACAAUAUUAAUUUCAGCAAUAAACAGUUCAAUGGUUACAUUUUCUCCUGCUUGUUUGUGAACUUCGA